AUGACGGCACGUCAAUCGUCACCUACAUCAGAACACUCGCACUCGGACAGCAAUGUUCGCAAGCGAGUGUGUAAGGCGUGCGAUCGAUGUAGACUGAAGAAAUCCAAGUGUGACGGCGCCAAUCCUUGUGGACGGUGUAGGGCAGACAAUGCCAUUUGCGUCUUCGGCGAGAGGAAGAAGGCUCACGAUAAAGUGUACCCCAAGGGAUAUGUUGAGAUGCUGGAGCAACAGCAGGCCUGGCUAGUAUAUGGGCUACAGGAACUAUAUCGACGCUCCAACGAGGGAGAAGGCUGGCCUGGCGAACCGUUGAAAUGCGAAUCAAAUGGUCAUCCGCUUACACACGACCUGCUCACUCGAUUGGGUGCUCUCGACCAUGCCAAAGGCGAACGGUUCGAGGAGAACACCGAAGUCAUGCAACAGGAACUAUGGAAGCAGAACGCCGGCAGCAUGUCACGCCAGGAUUCGUCGGACGGAAGCUCAGAGAGCGCGCAGUCACCAAUACUCACCACCCGCUUCUCGGAUCCUUUCUCGCGACAUCAGCUCCCUCCUACGCCUCCUAACUUCAGCCCCACGUCACGCACCCAGGCGCCGACAAUCAAAUCGGAAUCGCAGCUGCCUUCUCACCAUCCUGCCUAUGUUGCGCCCUUAUCCAUGCAGGGCGUGGUUAAUCCCAUUGCCCUGCAGGGCCCCCCACAAUGGACCAACAACAGCUUCAAUGCCUUUGACGACAUCGACAUGAUGGGCACUUCCGAUUUCACCAAUCUUCCAUUUGAUGACCAAAUAUCAUCACCGAUGUUCAACCGCCAGAUUCCAAUGAGCUGCAUGACAUCGGCAUCCUAUCUGGAUACGAAGAACGAUUACGAAGAUUUCAACCAAUUUUUGAAUCCGAAUCCAACGGAGAUCACUUCCAUCUGA